AUGUUACGGAGAAAAAGGGGUGGUUUAAAAUCUGCACGGAAAAUGGCCAAAAAGACAACGCCCGCAGCAUUACAAACUGAAGUUUCUAAUAAUGAAGAAUGGGAGAAACUUCUCACAAGAACGGGUUUAAUAGUGGUCGAUAUAUAUUCGGAAUGGAGUGGACCUUGUACAGGGAUGGUGAGCACCCUUAAAAAAAUUAAGAUGGAAAUUGGAGGAGAUGCGUUAAGUUAUGCAACGGCAAAAUGUGAUUAUAUUACUGACUUGGAGCGUUUUCAAGGGAAGAGUGAGCCGAUAUGGAUGUUUAUACACAAUGGUCGAAUGGUAAACUUGAUAUUUGGUGCCCAGUGCCCGCAAUUAUUAAAAGUGUUAACAUCAGAAUUGCAACGAGUACAAAAUAGCGAAGAACAUGAGUUUUCUAUAGAUGUAUCGGAAAAAAGUCCGGAAGAGAUAAAAAGAUUAAAAAUUAUUGAAGAAACUAGAAUAGCUAAAGAAGCAGCAAAAAAGUCUCGUAAAGAAGCUGAAGUUGUAGCCCGAUAUGAAGCCGAAAUGUUGCAUCUGACCACUUCAUUAAAUAAAGAGACUUGUCUUUUACUUUAUCCAUGGGUUUUUAAAGAUGAAGAAGGCCAUAAAAGAGACAAAAAAUCAAGUCCACCAUACGUGGAAUUAGUUGAUGAAAUACUUCUGGGUAAUUAUACUAUUGAGCAAGAAAUACGAAAACGACUUAAUGAAAAUAUUCUGGCCACCAUGUUUAAUGAAUCUAAUUACAUAUUACCACCAAAUUCUAAACAACUGCUUCUAGAUGGGAAAUGUAUGUUUAUGCGAUUAAAAAUUAAUGAAACAAAACCUGAAAUUGAUAUUCAUAAAUACUUGUUAAGUCUUUUAUUUGGAGAACCGAAAUUACCCAAUGUAGAAACGAUACUUAACGAAGAAUGCUUCGCUACACGAUAUCGACCUGCCUAUAUAACAAGUGAAAAUGAAAAUGAAAUUUUUCCAGCUGUUUGGACACCAUUAAAUUGUAGAAAUAAAGCAAUUGUUUUUCGCACAAUUUUUCCCACUUAUACUAAUAAUACAUAUCCUUAUGAAGAUAAAACCAUGAAUGUACCUAUAGUAGUAUUCAAAUAUGACUACACAAGAAAGAAUGAGUUAAAAAUGGUUUUAGAAGAAUUUGAAGAUGAAGUUAUUAAUUUUGGCAUUUUUGAAUCUGAUAAACCACCAGAAGCAAAACUUAUAGCAAAGAAUAUUACAGAAUUAGAGUUAAAUGCACGAGAAAGGACAGGAUACGAGACAUUUGUAUGUGUUGUUAAAAAAGUUGGAUGUGAAGCAUUUUUAGGGUUUGCUGGCAUUGGACCUUAUCAUGUAAGUGAAAAUCCAGAGAAAGGUAUAGAGGAAUCAAAGCUAUAUUUUCCGGAUGUUACUGCUUUAGAAGAAACACAAUCAGAUGAUGAAGAGAAACCAGAGGAAGAAUUAACAGAACAUUCUGAAGAAAUUAAAAAUAGAACUACAUAAAAUUUAAUUACCCAUUACU